AAAAAAUGUCAAAGAAUAAAAUGCGUAAAUAUAUAUUCAAUUUCUGUUAUUAUUGUAUAUUUUAAAUAAAAAAAUAUGGAAACAAUUGUUUUAGCUUUAAAUUUAGAUAAAAUUUGUCGAGUGUGCUUAUUAGAGUCGGAGUCAAUGUUUUCAAUUCAUAGCCAGUUAUUUGAUAAUAUUACCGAUGAGAAAAUGCCUACAAUCUCGAAUAUUCUUGUAUCUCUUUCAAACAUAAGAAUUCGAGAAUGUGACACUCUACCAACAAUGAUUUGCACUAGAUGUAUAAAUAGUGCUCACAUAGCGUACAAGUUUCAACAACAAUGCAAUACAUCUCAAACUAUAUUGGAAUCUUAUUUAGAACAAAUUAAAAUUAAUACCUUAGAUUCAAAAAGUAUUGCUAUAUCUAAAAAUCUACCUGAAAAUACAGUAGGUAACAUUAAAGUUGACACUGGAAAAAUAAAAUCAAACAAUGAACUUCAGUACUCAACUAGUCCAGAUACGGAUCUGAUUCUAGAUAGUGAGGAAUUGUUAGCAGAAGGUUUGGAAUAUAUCGCUAAUGAUUGUUUAAUGAAUGAAGAACAAAAAGAUGCUGACCAGCGUUUAUUAGUAGAUACAGAAAUAAAAGAUAGUGAAGACUGUGAUGAUUUAAAAAAUUGUAUUCCCUUAGGAGAAGACACAGUAGAUCAAUUGAUUGAUGAUUUUAAAGUAGAAAAUUUAGAAUUAAUUUCACCUAAAAUGGAUUUCAAUUUGAAUAUAAGAACACCUGGGAAGAGUUUAAUACCACCACCUGAUCCCCCACGUAUACUUGCUCGUGUUAAAAAAUGUCCAAGUAUGGAUUAUUAUAAAAGAAAUGAGGAAGGUACUGUGACUUUUGAUUGUAAUCAAUGUGAAGAAACUUGCAACACUCCCAACGAUCUGAGGAUUCAUUUCAAAACGCACGAUGAAAAAAGACCAUAUUCUUGUACAAACUGCAAGAAAAAUUUUAAAACAUACGCACAUUUAUUGUUCCACAUUCGCAGACAUGCCGAAAAAAAAAUAUUUGAAUGUAAAGAAUGCGGCAAAAAAUACAAACAAUCCGGAACCCUGACAGCUCACAUGAGAAUUCAUACUGGUUCUAAACCAUUUUUGUGCUCUGUUUGCGGUCGAGGAUUCAGACAAGCUCCAGAUCUCACUUAUCACAUGCGAACUCAUACUAAAGAAAAGCCAUAUAUGUGCAAUGUGUGUGGUAAAACGAUGUCCAUGCAGUGUCAUUUGGUCCAACAUAUGCGGUCACAUACUGGAGAGAAGCCAUUUAAAUGCCCAAAAUGUGAAAAGGCUUUUCCAUCUUCGACAAGGCUGAAACGUCACUCAAUCGUCCACACAGCUCUAAAACCCUAUAAAUGCACUGUAUGCGAAAAAUCGUUCAAUCGCAGCAGUAGCUUGAAAGUCCACAACAGAACCCACACUGGAAUCAAAUCUUACAAGUGUCCCACUUGCAACAAGAGUUUCCUGUGGGCCCACUCCCUUCGGGCUCAUGCCGUCACACACAUUAAUGAUCCCAAAGAUGAAAUUGAUGAAAUAAAUGAAAUGAACGAGCUGCUCGAAGUCAAUGAUAAUUCGUUACUUAACUUCACCACCAUGACCAUAUAUUCCGACGAAAAAACUCCAAUUAACGAAUCCUUCGCCAUAUUUUCCAGCGGAGAUGUAGAAAUGGGUAGCAAAUCCUUCCAAAUUUGCGCCGUAUCUAUUGGAGAACAAUCCGAUGGUGUAGAAACGUUCACUUUGUAUUCAGCUGAUGAUACUCAAGGCGAAGGUUCUCUUAAUUCUCUACAACUCUCCGCUGCUGACUUGUAAUUUUAACCUUUUAACAAAGAGGGUGUACCAAUUUCUUAACGCAGACAGCUCUUAAGUCUCAAACUAAUUCGUGGCACCAAUAAAUUAAUAAUAGGGGGAUGGGUAAUAAUUACGAUGCAUAAGGCGUUUAAAUGAGUUAAGGAGUAUUUUAAUGUGACUAAAUUAAAAAAAAAUAUCUUUCAUUAUGACUUAAAUAGAAAUUGGUACAAUGUAUAGAUGUAUUCUGUUAUCAUCUAAUAAUGUGACAUAUUUGUUAUUGGUGUGUUGAAUGUUAUUAUCAGAGUCGGUAUAUUAAUAGGUCAUUCCAGAUACGGACUUUACUUCAUCAAAACAUAAUAUAUAAUAAUUAGAAAACGCUUAAUAAUUUCAAAUUGAAAAUGGGUGGGUGACGGUGAAGUUAACAACGUUUUUCUUCUUUUUGUUAUUGCAAAAUUGGAGUAAUUUAACAAAAUUUAGUUCAAAUGGUCAUAGAAACCAAGAAAAAGAAGAGUUGGCAAGACCUUGCAAUUUAUUCCUCCAUUUGAUUAUAUUAGGAGAAACACUGUAGGAUGUGAUCGAUCACUUCUACUAUAGGAACGCUCACAUCGUCCAAGCUCGAGAUUAAACGGCCAAAGGUUAUAUUACUAGUAGGUAGGUUUAUUGACAGUUAUAACAAAUGUCAAAUAAAUUAAUAGUUCUAAUUGAUCUAAAGUUAGUGUCGUGAAACGUUUUAGAUGGGAUAGUAAUGCGGAUUUGAGUAUGAAGACUAUUUUAAUUUUUUUUUAGCUUUUAUUCAAUAUAAUAUAACGAGUGGUAUUCAUCAACGUUAUAUUAGAGUUUUUAAAAUCUCAUUAAAGUAAUUCCAUAUUAAACGACUAAAUUAUUAUAUUGAUUUUAUUUACAUCAUGAUUUAUUAAUAUACGGGCUCUAGUUAUUCUAGUCAAAUUGCUAAUAUUUAACAGUUUAAUUUCUAAUUUAAUAUUGUUAAGCUCAAAAGUAUUGUUUUAUCUGUAGAAAUAUUUAUUGAAACACUGUUAGUUUGUAAGUUAAACGAUUUUUAUAUUUUGUUUUUAAAUAUUUUAAAUGACUUAUGAAAUAUAUGUGAUUUUAUUAGUCAAAUUUUUGUUAGGUUUGUAGUGUUUUCAGUAUUAUAUAGGAUGUUAUUAAAAUACAUGUACAUAUGAAAAAUUUACAAUAAUUAAUGAAGUUCAAUAACGAAUAGCACAUUUUAGCAUUAA